GGGACUCGGCGGCGGCUGGCACCGUGGCCGUGAGAGGCUCCGCCGCAGCAGCUCGUAUCCCUGACCCCGUCCGCGCUCCGGGAACGCCCAGGAGAGCGCGCGCCGAGUUCUCCCAACGCGCCUGGGUGCGCCGACCCUCCAGGAAACUCGAGUCCCGGGACCGCGGCAGCAGCUAGCGGGGACGCAGCCGACCCGGCCCUCGGCCUGGGGAGCCAGCCUGCGGAACUCAGCGCCCGGGGCCGCGGGUUCCCUGGAGGAGGUGCGUGGCGGCGCGGCGCGGGAGAAAGAAGCGGAGUGGCGAGUGGGUGACCCCAAAGCAGUGACGCACCCCGCGCGCAGGCACCACCCCGGUUGCUGCGAGCACGGACAACACCCGCAGGCUCCUUGGACCACCAGCCCCGAGGGGGCCUCGUGCUCCCACGGCACUGCUGCCCCGAAACAAUCAAAAAUUUCCAUUUGGGAUUUUCUUGAGUAAACAAGACUCUAGAAUCUUUUGUUCAAGACUGGAUUUAAAUCCUGUGCUGUGUGCUACAUAUAUAUUUUUGAAGAUUUUUUUUUUACCUUUGAUAUUUUUUAAUCUUCGUUUUCUUGACAUUCCCUCGCCUGUACGAUAUUGUUGUUAUUAUUUUCUCUCCCCGUAUUGAUCCUUGAUCCGCCGGCAAGAAGGAGGACUCAGAAGAGGAGAACUCGCAGGGGCGAUGUACCAGAGCCUGGCCAUGGCCGCCAACCACGGCCCCCCUCCCGGGGCCUACGAGACGGGCGGCCCGGGCGCCUUCAUGCACAGCGCAGGGGCUGCGUCCUCGCCGGUCUACGUGCCCACGCCGCGGGUGCCCUCCUCGGUUCUGGGCCUGUCCUACCUCCAGGGCGGAGGCGGUGGCGCCACCUCCGGAGCCGCCUCAGGAGGCAGCUCGGGGACGGCCCCGGCAGGCGCUGGCCCCGGGACCCAGCAGGGCAGCCCGGGCUGGAGCCAGGCGGGAGCCGAGGGAGCCGCCUACACCCCGCCGCCGGUGUCGCCGCGCUUCUCCUUUCCCGGGACUACUGGGUCCCUGGCGGCCGCAGCAGCCGCGGCCGCGGCCCGAGAAGCGGCGGCCUACGGCGGUGGCGGCGGGGCAGCCGGCGCGGGCUUGGCGGGCCGCGAGCAGUACGGGCGCGCCAGCUUCGCGGGCUCCUACUCCAGCCCCUACCCGGCCUACAUGGCCGAUGUGGGUGCGUCCUGGGCCGCGGCCGCCGCCGCCUCUGCCGGCCCCUUCGACAGCCCGGUUCUGCACAGUCUGCCCGGCCGGGCCAACCCUGCCGCCCGACAUCCCAAUCUCGUAGAUAUGUUUGACGACUUCUCGGAAGGCAGAGAAUGUGUCAACUGUGGGGCCAUGUCCACACCCCUCUGGAGGCGAGAUGGGACGGGGCAUUACCUCUGCAACGCCUGCGGUCUCUACCACAAGAUGAAUGGCAUCAACCGGCCCCUCAUCAAGCCUCAGCGCCGGCUGUCGGCCUCCCGCCGGGUGGGCCUCUCCUGUGCCAACUGUCAGACCACCACCACCACGCUGUGGCGCCGCAACGCCGAGGGCGAGCCCGUGUGCAACGCUUGUGGCCUCUACAUGAAGCUUCAUGGGGUUCCCAGGCCUCUUGCAAUGCGGAAAGAGGGGAUUCAAACCAGAAAACGGAAGCCCAAGAACCUUAAUAAAUCUAAGACACCAGCAGGUCCUUCGGGCAGUGAGAGCCUUCCUCCCUCCAGCAGUGCUUCCAGCAGCUCCAACAACGCCGCCACCAGCAGCAGCGAAGAGAUGCGCCCCAUCAAGACAGAGCCUGGGCUAUCAUCUCACUACGGGCACACCAGCCCCAUGUCCCAGACAUUCUCGGUCAGUGCGAUGUCUGGCCAUGGACCCUCCAUCCACCCAGUCCUCUCAGCCCUGAAGCUCUCCCCGCAAGGCUACACAUCUUCUGUUAGCCAGUCGCCGCAGGCCAGCUCCAAGCAGGACUCUUGGAACAGCCUGGUCUUGGCUGACAGUCACGGGGACAUAAUCACUGCAUAAUAUCACCUCCUUCCCUACUCAAAUUCCUGCACAGACUUGGGACUUGGAGGACAGCAGAGACUGAGGCUCUAGCUCUCAGCGGCCAGCCUCCUCUGUCUGAGAAUGACUCCAGAAGAACAAUUGGGAAGAAACUUGAAGUCCUUGAUUUUGUUAGGGGAAGUGGAUGUUGAAUUUUGUCAGAUGACUUUUCAAGGUAGGGGAACUGGAAAGAGCCUGGACUCAAACAGAAGAGCCACACCCUUCACCAAGAGCUCACUAAGUCUCUUCCAUGUAGUUAGAGACUCUUCUUUCUCAUUCUUCUCCUCACCCAGCCCCCUACAAAAAAGUUGUCCUUUUCCCCUACGUGCCCACCACUGUGGCCCAAGGUAGUGGUUUUAAAAUUGCAUUCCUAGUGCCAGAUAUCUGAGGGAGGGUGGAGGGGAUGGGGAUUGGGGAACCCUGCUUGCACCUAAACAGAGCAUCUGUUUUACAUGUUACUUGGAUGCAACAGACCCCUUGGGCAGCCUCUGCCCUUGCCCAGCACUCCCAAGGCUUGGCCCAUCCCUGCAUCCCCCAAUAUCAAAUCCAGCUCCAAAAAUAUUGGGAGUAACACAGAUGUUACUGAAUGUUUCCUGGGGAGAUGGAGUAGGGGUUACUUCACACACUAUACAUGAUACUAUCCUCAAAAUUGCAACUUGAGUGACUUCUCCUCCCCCAAAUUCCUUCCCCCUACUAACAGCCUCAUUCCUUGGCUCCUUCGCUUUACUCCCAAGGCUUCUUAGAAUAAAAACCCCUUCUCCUGUUCUGAGUGAUUCAGCUCUGCCUUCAGCUUGUACAUGUGUCUCCCAGCAAAACACAAGCUUGGCAAGUUAGCCAAAUGGCAACCCCCUUAGGCAUACCCCUCCCUCAAAAAAAAAAAAUCCUUCAUUCACCUCAUCAUACACACAAAGGGUUCUGAGUAAAGACAAAAAAGUUCUGCUCCUAAAGCAAGUUUGACAAACACUCACCCAAGACUUGAGAUCCUUCUGGAGAGAACAUCUGGUGGACAACGUCUCGUGGCUGGGGCCAGCACUGUUGUUGGGGGUGGAGGAUUUUCAGUGGACUCUGACUCGCUUGCUCUCUGAUCUUGCUGGUGCCACCAUGUCCCAUGAAGAUGCACCCCUUGGUCAGACAAUGGGCCCAAGCCUGUCCAAGGGGUGCGGAGCACCUGGACCUGCAUCUUUUUACUAGUGGAAAUUUUUUGUCUGAGUAAAAAUCCAGAGAGUUUGCAACACAAAUAAAAGCAAAAAAAAAAAACUCAUGGAAAGAAGACGACCAAUAAGAGAAGACGUUGAGGGUGGGCCUUGAAGGAAUCUCCACCCCGAGUUCUUCUGGAAUUGACCUUCUCCUCUCCAUUUUGCUCAGUUUCUGCUGGUGACUCUGAGGCUCAAAAAGACUCCUUCUUCCUUGUCUUUGUUAUCAACAGAGCUGUAGCUGACUGUGGCAUUUCUACUUCCUACCCCAAAAUACCCAACCCCCCACCUAAAAAUCCUAUUGGCUAUAGCAGAGAUUCUGUUUUAAUCAUCAUUUACAUUGUUUUCCUCCGUGAAGGCCACCCUCAUAUACCUUCCCUAACCCACAAACCUGUUAACAUUGUCUUAAGGUGAAAUGGCUGUAAAAUCAGUAUUUAACUAAUAAAUUUAUCUGUA